AUGUCCGGCAUUACCCCCAUUCUCUCUGAAGACCAAUUCAAAAAGGUCAUCGCAGACUCCAACUUGGUCGUUAUUGACUUCUUCGCUACCUGGUGUGGUCCUUGCAAGAUGCUUGCCCCUAUGUUAGAGAAGUUUUCUAAGGAAUAUUCUUCUGCCAAGUUUUACAAUGUCGAUGUCGAUCAGUUACCGAAUGUUGCUGCUUCAAACGAUGUUUCUUCCAUGCCAACUUUGUUAUUCUUUAAGAGUGGCCAAUUGGUUGGUAAAGUUAUCGGUGCCAAUCCUGCUGCUAUCAAGCAGAACCUUGCUAAGCUCGCUUAA